CCCGGUCUUUGAAGGCCUAGCAGCAGCAUUCAUGGUGAUAUUCGGAAUCAGCAUCGUCGACUACCUAUAGUCCACUCGGUUUCGUUGAAAAAGCGAUUUAUCAGUUGGGGUACUUCCCUCGUUAGUCAAAUGUUAUGAAAUUUCAUUUUUUCGUCUUCUGGCUUACUUCCCUCGUAAACUGUAUGGUGUACCGCGCGUUUUCUUUUUAUAUUCCUUGAACUAGGAAGAAUCACCAUGCUCUUCCUAAAUCUGCUACUGCAUCUAUCUACUCAACGUAUUGUACUGUUGACGAAGAAGAUCCUCCUUCAAUGUUUUCGCUACACACACACAACACCAUAUAACUUAAUGAAACAAAAGUUUUAGGUAUCAGAGCAAAUACUUGGAAUAGAUCAUUCUAAUAAUCGAUAAGAGUUAUAAAUGGAGCAAGCUCUGAUGAUUUCUGACACAUGACUACUGAACAGACAUUUUAAAUUCUACGUAGAUCACUGAUCGGAUCCAGUGUUUUUCUAGAAUAAUAGCAAAUCUCGUAAGUCCGGUCGAUCAAUUUGUACUUUUUUGUCGUAUACAAAAAAAUUGUUAUGCGUACCUUCAAUCGUUCGCGAGAAAAAUGUUCCUUAUUGACCAGCAGUAGCAAAAGAAGAUCACAUGCUGUGCUUUUGCAUUCUUUGAUAAACGUCAAGGCUUGUAGGAGAAUGUAUAUAUCUUUCUAAUGCUGAAUGACACAUCUUAUUUUAAAAGAAAAGUUUGCUCUAAAAACUGACACAUUUGAAUACAGGAUUGAUUGAUGUUCAACAUCUUUUCAUUCAUUUGCUUUUCAAGCUCCUGUUCUGAAAAACUCUUUCAAAAAAAAAACUACCGUCAAAGCACAAUUGUAGGAUAAAAAAUGAUAUCGAUUCUGAUAGUACACAGUUCAGACUAGAUAUUCAUGUGCUUAUCUCAAAAAUGAGUUUUUGUAUAAAAAAUCAAAUUACUAACUCAUCAACGAUAAAAAUGAGUCUCUUUUGUCUCGUGUUAGAUUAUCUCGUGCUAUAAGUAUUACACGAGAUAUUUGUUGACAGUUCACUUUUUAUGUUAUGAUUUCAUGUAAUGUUUUUGUAUAUGAACACAAUUCAAAGAAAAAUUCAAGAUUUUCGUUUUUAAUCUUAUUAUGAUGGUUGACUGACUAUUUACCAAUAUGUUUUUUCUUUUUUAUCUUAUUCAUGCUAUAGAAUUGUAUAGUUUAUACAGACAUAUCUUUUUAUUGAUAAGACAAGCACAAAACUAUUUUGUAAUCUUUUCCGUAAAAGGUGUGUUGAUCUAUGUUUUAGUCUUUGAAAUACAAACAGAAGAUAUUCUAUUCUAGUACUCUAAAAUUUAUGCUCAAAUCAAUGCUCAUGUCGUUAAACAUAAACUGGUAUUCUUUUAAUUGAGUCUGAACAAAUGAUGAUACUAUACUCAACGAAACGGAUUUAUUAUAGAUACUUCUAUUAUAUUCGAUUACAAAUCUACUAUUUACUAUUUUGCAAAGUAUUUUUAAAAACUAAGCCUGUUCUGAUCUUCUUUUGGCUCAAACUUAUCCAUCUACUUUGAUCUAUCUGAUUCUCGUGACAUUCAGGUGUUCUCUUGUGAUAGAUGUGUAGUUCAUUACUCUACGGUCAGAUCAAGAACAAAGUCAAGGGAUCGUGUAAUGUACUACGUGCUUCAUGUUAUCUUGUUAUAGAUACUUGUAUUAUAUUCGAUUACAAGAGUUGAAUUUUAAAAUGUUGAUACGUUUUCAAAACUAAAAUAGAUAAUUACAAAUUCCAUAAGAACUACUAGAGUAUUGAGAUUACUAAUGAUAUACUUUCCUAAAAAGAAGAUACGUUUACUAAUUAAAGCAUCUAAUAAUCUAAACACUUUUCUGUUUAUGUGAUUCAUAAGCAUAUUUUUAAUUGCUCAUGAUGAUAUGUUUGAUAUCACAAGAACCAAUCUAUUGUAUUCAUUCGUCUUAACUAAUGUUAGUAGCGAUAUCAAAUGACAAAGAGUUACGCAUAUACACUGUGUACAAAUAUCAAAUAAUGGUGAUGGUGAUUCUUUCUUUCUCUUUUUUCAUUUUUUUUUCUUUUUGUUAAACAAAUCUCUUGUUGAGAGUAUUAAAAGUUUAAAAUAUAUAUAUAUAUAUAUAUAUGAAUACGAUGAAGAAGAUGCACACAUUUUUCCUUAUUUGAUAAAAUUUUGUUCUUUCUCAUUCACACUCAUUUCUUUUCUCUGUAUCAUCAAGACGAUAAUAUUUUUGAAUUUAAAAGAAAUUUUAUACAUUUUAUUCUUAUCUCGGUUAAAAGAAGUGAAAGUAGUUGAAACCAUUUUCUGGUCAAAAAACAUACAAACACACACCCACAUACACACACGCACAACGGCUAAUAAUACAGAUUUAUAAUGUCUAUAUGUGUUGAUAUGGGUUAAUAUAUGUGAUACAUGAAAAGUUAAAGAUACAUAUAUAUAUAUAUAUACACCAGUUAGACGAUAUAUAUAUCAUUGUCGUUUGCUCAUUGUCAAAUGAAUUUGUAACAUAUCAAUACAAAAAUCUGAAAAUCAUCGUAUAAUAGUUUUAUUUUAAAGUUAUUUUUCAAUCAACCGCCAACAUUACAAUGAAUAAUAUGGAUAAUCGAAAAUUAAACAGAAAAAGUCAAACACUAUUACCAACAAUAACAGUAAGAAAAUAUUUGAAUUGAAUUAUUCGCAUGAAUAAAUUUUGUUUGAUGAACAAGAUGAAUAGUACCGAAAAGAUAGAAUUGAUAAGGUCAAAUCACGUCAUUAUCAUCAUCAUCAUCAAAUUGUACUGUCCGAAAAAGAAAAAAAGAAAUUGGAUUUCUGAGUAAUUUAGCUAAUGUAACCUAUCAGAAAAUUUUUUAAGUGUUCACAACAUUUGUUCAUCUAAAAAUUUCGUUUUUUCCAUUGCUUCUAGCAGAAUACUUUCAUAGGUAAAUAUUUAUGAACGUUAUCAAUUCGAAUUGAUGUUCGAAAAUAUCCUUGAGCUAAAAAUUAGUGCCAAUGAAUAAAUGAUAAUAAAGUUUUGUUUUUGUUCAUAUAGGAGAACGAUGAAAUAAUUGUUUCAUGGUUUGUACGAUGUUACAAUAGCAAUCUUCAAAACAGAAUUGAUGAUAACAAGAGACAAAUGCAGGCAAGUAUUGUGAACAUAUGCGUGAAUGAUAUAUUUCAUUUUAACCACAUUCUCUUCCUUAUUGAACAGUUGAUGCCUGCCUCUACACUUGUUUUAUUUUAAAAUAAACAUGUUAAGAAUGUAAACUGUUGCAUUUUCUUGAGUCCACUUUUUGUCUCUGUUCUCGUUUUAUUUAAACAAAAAAAAAAAAACAGUAAAAAAUUGGAAAAAAACUAUUUUUAACGUUUGAUAAUGUAACGAUAGGAGAAAAAGAGAAGAAACAUCCGUUCAAUUCAUCAUAAUAUUAAGAACACUUACAUUUACACAAUGACUACUCUAGAUAAAGUAAGAGUGUUAACUUAACUUAUGCGAAUUUUAAACUUUUUCCCCUUCAAAAAACGUUAAAAUUUAUGUCAUCUUUUCUUUAUUUUUUGUCUUAUUAAAGAAUUCAUUGACAUUAUGCAAAGUCAUUUUGUAUGGUUUAAAAUCUUGUGAUUUAAUUUAUAAUGUUUUACGAGAAGAAGAUGAAGACGACACAUUCAUUUAUAAAGAUAAAAAUCAAAAUUCAUCAUCUCACGCAACAUCAUCCGUGACGUUAGAUCAAAAAGAUUAUUUAAAUGUUCAUGUUAAACCGGUUGUCAAUGAAGAACGAAAAUUAAAUGAUCAUGAAGUAAGUCCUGUUCGAAUUUUAAUUCGAAAAACAUCACGUGGUAAACAUAAAGUUUGUGUUUCACAAACAUUAUUACGAACACAUACAGCAGAAUUAUAA